GAAAAUAUCAAGAACCACACUUCGCGCCGCUUCCCUGUUGUUCUCCCGUACAGCAGCUAUAGAAGAAAUCAGAGGAUCUCAUGCUGGCUGUUCGGGCCUGAUAGGCCAAGUGGCACGGGAAAUCGUCUAUCCUCUUGUCCGGUCCAUUCACCUUUCUUCUGCGCGACAUAUCAAUCGGCUACUCUUCCCACAGUCGAGCGAGACCUCAGCUAUAUCUGGAUCACGCACGGACAUGCGUGCCGAAGCUGUCAGUGUGCUCAGUCAAAUUGGCAGCUCCUGGAAGUGCUCUCCGCGUCGGCACAGUACCAUUGGAUCGCGAUCUUCUUCGGACGGCAUUACAUCGUGUUUCUGUCCAUCGGUUCUCGAAGUCAUAAUAUUGACAGCAUCGUUGGAAAUGCUUCGCAUUUACGCAAUGCUCGAUCCAAGGGCACCUCCGUCCUCAACGGAAGAAUCGACCAUCGUUACUCCAUCUGCAACAACGUCGAUCCAUCUAACAUCUAGUUCUCUCCAGAAAAACUCAUCAGAAAUCUCCCAAAACGCCACUUCAGACGAACGAAUAGACAUUCUUCGCCGUUCAAUGGUUCGCGAGGAAACCAUCUGGUUCCUGUGCUCGUCUAUUCAUUCAUGCCUCAACUUGUUUCACCCCUCAUCACCAAGUAGACAUGGGACCAGAGCUAGUGAUGAGAUGGCUAUGAUAAUCGAAGCCCGGAAUGUACUUCUCAGUAUCCUUCUUGUGGAUAGAAAAGUAGACGGCCCACCACAGUCGCAUAGUUCGGCGAACCGGUGCAGAACGAGUCGUCGCCUAACUGAAGAGGAAGCAGGUCUUAUCUUUGCUGCCAUUGAAGCUAUAAAUGAUGUGUGCUCCUGCCCAUGGGACCCUGACGAUGUGGACAUGGAUAUGUAAGACUCGGAGCCUGUAAACCGGAAAAUAUAGACAUUACUUUC